AUGAGGUGUUCAUUCCAUUAUUCCAUCCCAUCAACUGUCGUGCCGCUGUUUGACAAGGACCAGCCUGGCGGGGUAGGAAAACCUUCAACUUCUAAUCGGCCUCUCCCUGGCAUGACUGACAAGAAGGCACCCCGGACAUCCGGGGGUCCCCAAUAA